AAUUCUGCAAGUGGUUCUAAUUUACUAUCGCUGUUCUCUAGCUGGUCUAAAACCGCUUUUGACCUAAAGGGACGCUUUUUGGACGCCAUGGACUUUUCUCAGUUUCCAGGCAGAAAAAACAGUAAAAAUGCAGGCAGGGCACAGGACAAAGCACAAAAUGUAUGUGAAAUGGUUUGAUACAUGAAUGUCACUUUUUGUCAUUUUCAAAUUUCCCGCCGUUCCUCCCCUCGUACAUCCCGACGCUCGCAGGGGACGGAAUCCAGAUCGCAGAUGCCGGCAUCCUCCGGAUUACAUUGCUGGAUACACUGCAGGAGGGACAU